AUGAUGUAUUCAAUAAGCCAUGUGUGCAGGCGAUCCAUACAAAGUAAUGUAUCCAGAAGGAGGAACUUUUCAUUAUUUUGGAAAAUGCUAUCCAUGAAUGAUCCCAAUAAAGAAAAGGAUGAAAGAAAGUUGUAUAGUUGGGAUGAGUCUCCAUAUGAGGAUAUUCGAACACAUGCGGCACUUAUAAGAGCAAAAGCAUUGUGUCCAGUAACACACAAACCUGUCAAUUUUGUAUGCCCGUAUUCGGGAAUACCUACACAUGCAUCAAAAGAAGCAUGGGAAAAGGAUACAGAAUACCAUGCAAAGAAGAAAUAUGAACUUUUGAAAAAAGUCAACUUGUAUGAGCAUGAUUUGAGAUCGGGAAGGAAAUUUGAAGAAUUUGCAUUUCCCGGUGAACAAGAGAGGGAUUUCAUGAUUAAUAUGAGUGAUUGGGAUUCAUUCUUUUAUACUAGAGAUUUCCCACCUAUGAAUGAUGAAUUUAAUUUAGCAGCCGCCACUAAAGUCCUUACGUAUCCAAUGACAAUAGGAUCUAUUUUGCAUAAAUUUUCGCCUUAUCAAAUUGAACCAAAGGGUCCAGUGACUGUGGAAGGAGCCAAGUCUUUAGGAGCAUUGAGGUACACGUUAUACCCACCUUACCAAAAGACAAUUGAUGGAGUAACACAUUUUAAAGAAAGACCAAUUAGGAUAUUCAUUUUGGGUCCUAGAAUGGAAUCCAUGUUACCAGGAUAUGUUUGGAAGCAAUUUGGAUACUUGUUCCCUAAAAGUAGGUUUGAAAUCCAUUUGAUUGGACCUGAAGCAUAUUUUGACAAAGAAACAAGAUCAUUUGCUUCUGUAAAUACUCCGAAUGGACGUCCAUUGAUUGAAAGAUUCGAUGAUCAGAUCACCAUCCACCACCACACUCAAUAUUUCAAUGAACUCUACGAUAUGGGUGACUUGUUCCCAUUUGAUCCAUACUUGGAUGUUUUUUUCCUAUUCCACCCUGGUUUCCAAACUGCUGAUCAAAUACACUGGGACAAAUCAUUGAAAGGAUUAUUGGAAUCCAAAUGCCCGAUUUAUGUUACUGGUUUCCAUGAUGAAGACAUUCAAAGGGAGAUUGAUUGGUUGAAACGUCAUGAAUUGAAUGGUGAGAUGGACUUGCUUAUGCAAAAAUCGGACAAUAAAUUUGCCUGUACGAAAUUGGACAUUGUUGAUUCAAAUCCCACAGAGACAUUUAAUUUGAAUAGUAAGGUGUUCGGUUUCAGAGGUAAGAGGUAUCAUGCCAUCAAGGUGUGA